AUAUAGAAUGAUUAUAAAUGGAGUGAAGACUGUCAAUGUUUUAAAGUGCCAUGCUAACCUUGACGUCGCCACCGUUCGGGCGGAUGACCUGGCCGUUAACCCACUCGGCGGCGUCCGUAGCGAGGAAGCCAACGAUCCGUGCGAUGUCCUUGGUCUCCCCCAGCCGCCCCAGCGGGCACUCCUCCAUCACCUUCCUCACCGCCUCCUCGCUCUUCCCGGCGAAGAAGAGCUCCGUCGCCACCGGCCCUGGCGCCACGCAAUUGGCCGAGAUCCCCGUUCCCUUCAGCUCCUUCGCCAAGAUCCUCAUCAUCGCCUCCACCGCCGUCUUUGACGCAUGGCAGGCUGGCAUUUAUGGAUCUCCAGAGGACCCACCGCCUUCGCCUCUCUAUAAAUAUGCCCCCCCGUACAUCUGUUAUUUCUCUCCCUUCUGACAGCGCGAAAGGGAGCAUCGGUCGAGACUGGGAGAGGGAGGAAGGGGGAGCGAUGGGAGAUGAAGGAAGGAAGGAAGAUGGCCCUAACGGAGCAGUGGACGAGAGGUAUAGCCGCCCUUAAGUCAAGAUCGCAGUGCUCUACAACUGGUUCGCCGACUAGAACAACUACCUUUUCUCGGUCUCUCCUCCUCCCUCUCCCUCCCUCCCUCCAUUCUUUCUUUUCCUUCUUUUUCUAUGCGUUUCUUGGUCCUCCUAGGGUUUUGAUUCUUGGUCCUCCUAGGGUUUUGAGUCUUGGUCCUCCUAGGGUUUUGGUUCUUGUUUCACUUGUUGUAUUGAUUUCGUACGGUGGAAAUUAUAGGUUUGUUGCUCAGGCUAGGGUUUUCUUGGACUCUUGGAGGGUUCUAGCUUCUAGGGUCCUGAUUCUUUAUUCUUUUCUUUUAUUUCUUGAUUUAUCAUCUUGAUUCAACGGGUUUUUCUAUGAAGAAAACAAUCAGAAAGGGAAGUGAUGCAGGAUUGGUGGCUUCCCUUCUGGUUUUUUCUAUUGGUUAUAGACAUACGUAGUUGUGGUAGUAACAAAAUGAGGAAUCUAGUUAUGUACAUGAAAGAAUCAAGAAUUCAAAUGGUUAUCACUCUCCUAUUUCCUCUUUAUAACCAAUAGAGGGAACAGCAGAAUUUGACUCUGUUGCCUUUCCUUUUUCAGUUUCUUCUUUUCAAUGAAAAUUUUUAUUGAUUGGUCUUGAUACUAUGAUAAUCACUUCUACCAGCUGUUAUCUGAACGCAAACAAUUUUAGAUAUACUAGUGUUAGAUGCUUCCGGGAAAUAUGCCUUUUUUUGCUUCUUAGACUAUCUAAUGAGGACUGUCGUUUUUGGCUGGUUAUGUAGCUAUUUCAGGUUUGUAUUCUUAGAGUGAUUCUUGGCUCGAUGGUAAGGUUGCUCGAUUAUAAUUUGGAGGUCAUGGGUUUGAAACAUGAAAGCAACAUCUCUGCACUCAAGUGUAAGGCUGUGCGCACCUGACCCCCGAACCCAUAAUGGACGGGCAUGCAUUGGACCACUUUUUUUAGGUUUGCCUUCUUCUCAUAUGAAUUAUUUUGGAUCAAUGGUUGCUUUAUUUCAUUUGGCUUUGUGUAAUUAUAUGUGCAGCUUGGCUAGAAUUUCCUUGAUACUCAGAUGUAUAAGGGUAACAAAGUAAUAUGUUGACUAUGUUUGGUAGAACUAGAGGGAAGAAAUGUGAUUUCACAACAAUUGCUCUAAUGGGUUGUUGAAUUGCUUUAACUUGUGUUCUCUUCAUUCAAACAAUUUUUUCAUUAGUAAUUUAUUGCUGAUUAUUUUGCUUUUGCAUAACUAAACUUGAGUAGAGCUACCUUCACUUGAUCCUUGGAUAAAUAUUUUUGUGUAAAGAUGGCUGGUGGAGCUAGGAGGAGCAAGCACUUGAGUUACUGGACACGCACCAGAUGAAGCCCAAGCCUUGGAAAGGGUGAUGUGAAGGAGGCAGUAUGUUCUUUGAAGUUUACAGUAGACGCAUGUGGGAGGAGGUCAGUGUGGUAAUGUCCUUGGGUUUGCCUUCUUAUUGAUCUGGGACACCAGGGGCUGCAUUAUACGGGUGUAAUAAUUGUAUCGACCUAACACGGGUUUGGGAAAGGCUGGAUAGGGCUUUUGUGUCAGAUCAAUGGUUGGAUCUAUUUCCUGAAGUCCAGGUAUGCCACCUAACUAGAUUUGCUUUUGAUCAUUGUCCCAUACUUCUUUUUGCAAACAAUGAAGGAUCUAGGGGGUCUAUUUCCUUUUAGUUUGAAAAGUUUUGGUGGUCUUGUGAGUGCAUCCAGGAGGUUAUUCGUCAAGCUUGUCAUUGUCAUGGUAAUUAUUUUCCAGGUGUUAGGAUUACAAGGCUCCUUCAGAACACCAAGCAGACUAUCAAGUAGUGGAAUACCAUUUGGCAAUCUCUUUAGGCAGGAGCAGCAAUUAAAUGAGUUGAUCCACUAGUUACCAGUUCAAGAAGCUCAACAAGGGGGCCUUACUAAUCAACAACUAAAGCAUCUCAUAACCCUUUUGCGAGCAUAUCAUUGAAAUCUUCACAUGCAGGAGAUGUUUUGGAGGCAAAAAUCCAGGGUUACCUGGUUGAAGGAUGGGGAUGUCAAUACUAAGUUUUUUUCACCGAAUUACAGUUCUCCAUAGGAGUUGAAAUAUAAUCACUAUGUUGAUGUCUGCCUAGGGGAACAGAAUUAAAGACCAAGCACUAACUAGGCAUAUGCUAGUAGAUCAUUUUCAGCAAAGGUGGGCUAAUCAAUCAGUAGUGCAGGAUAUUGGUCUACCUGUAGUGAUGCUAGAGAUCACUGGUGUGCAGAAUGCUACACUAUUUGAGCUAGUCACAGAGGAGGAGAUAGUGGAUGCUAUCAGGGGUAUGCACCCGGACAAAUUGCCAUGACCGGAUGGCUUUCCGAGCUUCUUCUUUCAUGAAUAUUGGCAUAUUAUUAAAAAAGAGGUCAUUCAAGCAAUUCAGUACUUUUGGUUUGGUACGAUGCCCACGUCUUGGAAAAGAACUUAUAUAACUUUAGUUCCUUAGAAGCCUAACCUUGAAGGAGCCUAUCUAUAAGAUUGAGGCCAAAGUUCUAGUGGAUAGAUUAAAUCCUAUCCUUUCUAAUCUCAUUUCACUUGAACAAGGAUCCUUCAUUCAGGGCUGCAAUAUUACUGAGAACAUUUUGCUUGGCCAUGAACUGAUGCAUUCCUUGAUGCAGGCAUCCUCCUCUCAAAGCCUCAUGAUGACAUGUGUUCUAAAUCCUCAAUUUGCUAUGUUGAUCAAUUAUUCCUCUACGUUGCAGUACAAAGUCGCAUGUUAAGGACUUGUCAACUGGGUGGCGGAUCUGCAUCGUCAUAUGCUUUCUUUGCUGAUGGUUGUUUAUUGGUCACCAGAACUACUCUUAAGGAUGGUAUCUGUGUUAUGUCAAUUAUGGAUGUUUAUUGCUCCCUUUCAGGUCAAGCAGUCGAGGUUGAUAAUUCUCAAAUUAUAUUCAUCAACUUCAAAGUUCUUUGGAAUGGCUGAGAAGAGGGGGGUGUGGAAAUACUUGGGGGUUCCAUUAUAUCAGGUGGCGGUCAAAUGCAGGCCAUUGACCGAGGCAGAAUGCCGGCGGAGUCGUCAUAUUAUUCAAGUAACUGAUGACAAGAAUUUAGUCGUUUUGGACCCUGACCUGUCAAAGGACUACCUUGAACGCAUUCAAAAUCGAAGCAAAGAGAGAAGAUAUAGUUUUGAUCAUGUAUUUGCACCUGGGUGCACAAAUGCGGAUGUAUAUAGGAAUAUCUCAUCUACAAUCGCUGGGGUCAUUCAAGGUCUUAAUGCAACUGUGUUUGCAUAUGGUUCAACUGGAAGUGGGAAAACAUACACGAUGGCUGGCACCCGUAAAGACCCUGGACUAAUGGUUCUUAGCUUUCACACAAUUUUUGAUCUUAUCAAGAAGGAUGAGAGCUCAGACAACUUCGAAGUCUCUUGCUCCUAUCUUGAAGUGUACAAUGAAGUUAUCUAUGAUCUGCUUGAAAAGUCAUCUGGACAUUUAGAGCUUAGAGAAGAUCCGGAACAUGGAAUAGUGGUUGCUGGUUUGAGAAGAAUUAAGGUCCAAUCAGCAGAUAAGAUUCUUGAACUUUUGAAUGUUGGAAACAGUAGGCGCAAAACAGAAAGCACGGAAGCAAAUGCAACCUCAUCACGUUCGCAUGCUGUAUUGGAGAUCACUGUGAAGAGAAAACAGAAAACCCAAUAUAAGAGUCAAAUUCUCUGUGGAAAACUUGCAUUAGUUGAUCUUGCUGGCAGUGAAAGGGCUUCUGAAACACACAGUGGAGGGCAAAAGCUUAGAGAUGGAGCCAAUAUUAACCGUUCACUCCUUGCUUUGGCAAAUUGCAUCAAUGCCCUCGGCAAACAACAGAAAAAGGGACUUGCUUAUGUUCCUUAUCGCAACAGUAAGUUGACCCGCAUUCUAAAGGAUGGACUCAGUGGUAAUUCUCAAACAGUCAUGGUUGCUACAAUAUCACCUGCUGACGAUCAAUAUAUCCACACUGUGAAUACCCUGAAAUAUGCAGACCGAGCUAAGGAGAUCAAAACACAUGUUCAUAAAAACAUUGGGACAGUUGAUACUCAUGUUGCAGACUACCAAAGGAUGAUUGGAAAUCUUCAGGUUGAAGUUUGUCGUUUAAGAAAGGAACUAGCAGAGAAGGAGUCCCAGUUAACUACAAAACCUGCUGAAAAAGCUGCAGAUGAUGAGCUAUCAUGGUUGAAUAUUUUAAGCCGUGAAACUGGUGAAAAUGUUCAGGAGCGCAUUAAUCUACAGAAGGCUCUCUUUGAGCUUGAGGAAACUAACGUACGCAACCGCAUUGAGCUCCAACAUCUUGAUGAUGCGAUUGCUAAACAGGAGGUUGUUGAGAAGGAUGGAACGGUUGUACAAGCUUUAAGGUCUAGAAGACAAGUUAUUCUUGAUAACAUUCGUGAUAAUGAUGAGGCCGGUACUGGUUACAAGAAGGACAUUGAGAUAAAUGAAAAGCACCGGCGCCAGCUUCAGAACAUGAUUGAGGAAGCCAUAAGUAACAAUGGCAACAGAACAUAUUUGCAUAUUCUCAGUCAGUACAGACUCCUAGGGAUGGCAAAUACUGAGCUUCAAUUUGAAAUGGCCAUGCGGGAUCAAGUUAUACAUAAUCAAAGGGAAGCACUGAGGAACCUGUGGAACAUGCUUUUGGGUUUGGGGCUUGAGCAGAAACAGAUAAUGGAUUUGGCUGCUAGACAAGGGAUCGUGAUAGAAGACUGCACUACUCCCUAUGCAAAUUCUGUUGUUGCUAGGCAGUCACCAUUUUUGCCUUGCUGCAUAUUCUCACCAUUAGUUGCACACCCUGGUCCCAGCAUACAACCACAUGUUUCUACUUGUUUCUUCCAGCACCACCAUGGUUUCAGCUCUACGGCUUAUCUUAGGGGUCAGCAUGACACUCCUACAGUAUGUAGACAGGAACAUCUCAGCUCUUAUUACUUGCUGUCUCCCAACUACUCUCAAGCUGGAUUUUCUGGGAUGGAGAAUCCAUGGGCAGUUGGAAGAUCGGGUGCACGUUUUCAUACUCCUGAAAGCCUUCCUCAAGAAGCAUGCAGCUUCUACUCGGCAAUGAGAGCGCAGCAAUGUCCAUGCAGUAAGGAACAAUUCACACCAACUUCUUGUGAAGGCCAUGGCCAGCAGCCGAAGGAAUCAUGGGCUUCAAGCAGCCAGAACUCGUGGGAAGUUCCUUCCGUUGCAGUCAACAACAGCAGAAACCUGCACGAAGAAUUCAUGAGGCGCAGUGGGACAAACUGUAGUGUACGUCAGAACUCUUCUGCCGAGAUCAUAGGCACUGGUAUUCCUGAAUCUCGUCAUCUUUGUUCACCCUAUGGAACUACACCAAGGGCUUUUAAUCCGUCUGGGUCAUGAAGUGUUCCAUCCUAGAGUUUCGUUUGUGGUUGCAAGUAACUGUCUUCCACCCUUCUGUACCAGUGCUUGUGGUCAAAGUAGAGCUUCUUUGAUGUGCCUGAAAAAAAAAGAGAAAAAUGUAAAGCUAAUUUAGCCCCUUACCGAUUUUAAAUUUUUUUUGGGAAUUACAAUCUAAUGAACACCUAGCAUCCUCAGGUAGCGAUUAGAUAAUAGUUAGAUAAUAUUAUUCUGUAGCA